AAUUAUUGGUCUCCACGCCGCCAUUUUACCAAUAAUCAACCGACAACCCGUCCUCUCCGACGACCAGUUUUCUCCUUUCCCGGAACCACAGCCAACAUUCCCGGAAAACUCUUCGCUGUUUGACUGCACGUAUUAGCUUUGCAUGUUUCUUCUUCAGCCUUCCCUUUUCUCCCUAUUUCAUCGAUUCAUUUCAAAUAAAUCUGGAUGUAUGGUGCUUUAUGUGAAAGGCCCAUUGUACUUCGGUUAAUUCCAGCAUUUGGUGUUAUUGCUUUUGCUGCAUGGGGUCUUGGGCCACUCAUGCGCCUGUUCAGGGUUGUCUUUUUUCAUAGGAGUGAUAACAGUUGGAAGAAAAGUAGGACACACUACAUUAUGAGCUCAUAUUUACAACCCUUGCUGCUGUGGACCGGAGCAACACUUAUAUGCAGAGCAUUAGAUCCAUUGGUUUUACCCUUGGAAGCAAGCCAGGCUGUUAAGCAACGACUUUUGAAUUUUGUACAAUCAUUAUCGACAGUGCUGGCAUUUGCUUAUUGCUUGUCAGGCUUGAUUCAACAGGCACAAAAUUUCUUUAUGAAAUUGAGCGACUCCAGUGAUGCAAGAAAUGUAUGUUUCUGUUUCUAUUGACCCAUGCAGUUUCUUUCCUGAAUCUCUUGAAGACAUGCAUUAAUAAGUUUUUGCCAUGUCAAUUUUAACAAACUGGUGAAUCUUUCUAUACCUCAUUGCCAGUAAUGCAUUCAUUUGUUUUAAGUUGUAAAAUUCUUGUUAUAUUUGUAGUAAGUCAGCAGUGGCAGUCUCUGGUCUCUGCCUUAAAAUUCAUCAUGGCAAUUAGUUUUUCUUAUCUUAGAUUUACCAUCAUGAGGGCAAUAGGAGCAAUGAUGAGUUCUUAAUAGUCUCCUGGAAUGGGAAGUUGUUUCAAAAUUUAGCAUGCCUUUCUUGGGGUAUUCUGUUGGAAGCUUCCUGAUGAUCUAGGCAAAUAAUAUCUUUGCUAUAUGGUAUAAUGCAACCAACAAAUCUCAACACAGAUGUUUUCAUGCAUGAUAGAUGGGCUUUGAUUUUGCUGGAAAAGCUGUUUAUACUUUAGUAUGGAUAGCUGCUGUGUCAUUGUUCAUGGAGUUGCUUGGGUUUUCAACCCAAAAGUGGCUAACUGCUGGAGGACUGGGCACAGUAUUGAUCACACUUUCUGGUCGUGAGAUAUUUACAAAUUUUCUCUCAAGUGUAAUGGUUCAUGUCACAAGGCCAUUUGUUGUGAAUGAAUGGAUUCAAACAAAGAUUGAGGGCUACGAAGUCUCUGGUACAGUUGAGCAUGUGGGUUGGUGGUCACCAACAAUUAUAAGAGGUGAUGACAGAGAGGCAGUUCACAUCCCAAACCACAAGUUCACAGUAAAUGUUGUGAGGAAUCUUAGCCAGAAGACUCACUGGCGCAUCAAGACACACCUUGCAAUUAGUCACUUGGAUGUAAAUAAAAUCAAUAACAUUGUUGCAGAUAUGCGCAAGGUUUUGGCCAAAAAUCCUCAAGUAGAGCAACAAAAGUUACACAGAAGAGUUUUUCUGGAAAACAUUGAUCCAGAAAACCAGGCUCUUAUGAUUUUGGUAUCUUGCUUUGUAAAAACUUCACAUUUUGAAGAGUACCUCCGUGUUAAGGAAGUAAUACUCUUGGAUCUUCUAAGAGUUAUCAAUCACCACCGGGCCAGGCUUGCCACCCCCAUCCGCAGAGUGCAGAAGAUAUACAGUGAGGCUGAUUUUGAAGAGGUACCAAUUGCUGAAACCAUUUUUACACGUGCCAGAGCAUCUAACCGUCCACUUCUCCUCAUUGAACCUGCGUAUAAGAUCCAUGGUGAUGACAAAGUCAAAGCCUCAACUCGUUCAGCACAAACAAAUGAAGAAAAAGAUUCCCAGGUUGAAGCAGUGUCAACAUCUGACUUGAAGGCCAAGACUGAAUCUGGAUCUGUUGUUUUGAAAGAAGAUACGGUCACGGCAUUGUCGAUCCCCAACUCUAGCUCAAGCUCUGAUGUUUCACCAUCUGACCCCCCAACUAGUAACGUUCUGGUGCUUGAGAACUCUAUCCAAAAUAACUCCAAGGAGCAAUCAAAACGGAGCAAGGAAGAGAUAACCUCAGGAGUAGGAGCAAUAUCCGAUGACUCUCCAGUUACUAAAACACAGUCUAGCAAUGAAAAAUCUGAAAACCAGUCGGCAGUUCCACAGGCAAAGCAAGAUGUUGAGAAGUCUCCUGCGUCACCACCGGUUAUCAAGCCUUCCUUGGAAGAUAACAUUGUUCUUGGUGUUGCUCUGAAGGGUUCGAAACCCACCCUUCCGGUUGAUGAAGUAACAACUCCAAAAGAUGGUCAGAUGCCGUUAGUUCCUGGUGCCACUCGGAAUGAUAAAAAAGAUAAGGAAAGAUGAAAAUGCUGUUGUAAAUUAGUUGAUUAUUACAUGAAAUGUCCAGCUGAGUUUUUUAAAGCUGGCAUUAUACGAUGCGCAGUACUGUGCUUGUAAAUAAAUGUUGGGAUAGAAUUUGUGAGAUAAUUUGAUCAUGUUGAAAAGAGAAACUAAUGGAACGACUCGAUCUUAUUACCUCCAACUUCUAAAGAAAUGAGGAAAUAAUUG